AUGGCCUGGCGGUGGGUGUGGCUGCUACUGUCUCAGGGCCGAGGUCAAGACUGCGAUGAGGUGUUCGGCGACGUCUUCGAGGUGUCCUUGCUACAAAAAGCACAGCACUUGAGCCGAGGAAGAGCUGUGAAGCCGCAGCCGGAAGAGGAGACUGCCUGCAGCGGUUCCUUCCGGGUCUGCAGCGCUGCAGAGAUCCUCGAGCCGCAUUCGGAACUCGAUGCUGGUGCCUGGAGAACUCCAAAAGUGAAAGAAAGCGCCUUGAAGCCGGGCUUGCUGGAGCAAGAGGGGGUGCAAAGGGGGCCUGUGCGGCGAUGGAUGGUACCCGAUGUGCCGCCGAGCCCGGCUGUGUUGUUUGUGGCUUUUGAAGGAGACAUGGCCAUGGCCUUGAGACAGGGGCUCGGGCUCGCACGGGCCUGCGACGGAGCUCGCGAGCUCGAAUCGAAGCGCUGUGCCAGGGAUGGCAGCAGGUACCUGGACAGACACUUCUUGUCCUGCGAGGGCUCCAGCAGCUCCAGCGGUUUGGGGGGCUCCAGCAUCAUCCGUUUCCGGGUGGACGUCGACCGACCCGGCCUCCUCAGCGAGGCCACGGAGGUCUUGAAGAAGCAGCACGUGAACAUCCGCGAUGCCCGGAUCUCCACUGAGGAGGGCUCGAAACGGGCGACGCACAUCUACUUUGUCGAAGAGAGCGGGGAGAGGAAAGCGAGAGGAGGCCUCUCCGAGGAGCGCCUCGCAGAGGUCCGGGCGGCCUUGACGCAGCUGGCCUCCGGGUCCUGCGAAGCCGAGCCUUGGCCAAUCUUCUCCUCGGAAGAGGUCUCCAAGCACCAGACGCCUUCGACUGGGAUCUGGGUCAGCUACAAGGACGGCGUCUAUGACAUCACGGACUUCGUCCAGAACCAUCCCGGUGGCAAAGACAAGAUCAUGCUCGCCGCGGGCAAAGCCAUCGACCCCUUCUGGCGCAUCUACCAGCAACACACAGGAAGAGGCAACGCACUGGAGCUGCUAGAGAGUAUGAGGAUCGGGGACCUCUCGGAUCCUCCAGACACGACGAGGACGGCCUCCGACCCCUACGACACUGAUCCAGAACGCCAUCCUGGCCUCAUCUUCCACAACAACAAGCCCUGCAAUGCAGAGCUGCCUUCGGAGUUGAUGAUGGACUCCUGGUUGACGCCCAACCCGGUGUGGUUCAUCCGCCACCAUCACCCAGUGCCAGAGGUGAACCCUGAAGACUACAGACUUUGCAUAGAAGGCGUUGGCACGAAGGCCGUGACUUUGUGCCUGGAGGAUUUGAAGAAGCGGUUCCUGAAACGCGAGGUGGUGGCGACGCUGCAGUGCGGAGGGAACCGGAGAUCUGAACUGGAUCAGAUUGAGAAAACCUCUGGCAUUCCUUGGGGCUUCGGGGCCAUGUCGACAGCGCGGUGGGGCGGUGUCUACCUGCGGGAGGUGUUGCAGCAUUGUGCUGGUCUCAGCCAUGAGAACGUCGAGGCUUUCGAUGUGAAGCACGUGAUUUUCAAGGGCAUGGAUGGCAUGGAGGCAUCCAUUCCGAUCGAGAAAGCCCUGAGUCCUUACGGCGACGUCCUCUUGGCCUACGAGAUGAACGGAGAAGCCCUGCCAAACGAGCACGGAGCACCCGUCCGCGUGAUUGUGCCGGGCGUGGUCGGUGUGCGGAAUGUGAAAUGGGUUGGCCGCGUGGUGGCUUCCACGGAGGAGGCCGAAGGGCCCUGGCAACGAGGCCUCGCCUACAAGGGUUUCUCGCCGAUGGUCAAGGCAAGGCGGGUGAGCAGCACAGUGUGCAAAGGAACUUCCAAACAAUGA